AUGGAGCUAUCUCCUUCCUCCACCGUCCUCUUCCUCCUCCUCGUCCUCUUCGGCGCCGCCGCCCAAGAAUCGCCCCGCCUCCCCGCGGCGGAGCAGGAGGCGGCGUACGCGGCCCUCGAGUCCAUCAACUCCGGCGUCGACUGGCGCUUCCUCUACCCCGACGACCUCUGCCUCUCCGGCCCCCAUGGCCUCCUCUGCGACCUCUUCUCCGACCCCUCCGACAGCUCCGGCGCCGUCCCCCACAUCGUCGAGCUCAACUUCGGCUUCGUCUCCGACUUCUCCUCCAACCCCCCCUGCGGCCCCAACGCCUCCAUCUCCCCCGUCCUCCUCUCCGCCGCCUCCUCCUUCCCCUUCCUCCGCAAGCUCUUCUACUACAACUGCUUCGCCGCCUCCAGAUCCCCCCUCCCGACCCGCCCGUGGAGCCUCCCCGCCUCGCUCGAGGAGCUCGUCCUCAUCCAGAACCCCUCCCUCGUCGGCCGCAUCCCGCCCUCCGUCGGCGACCUCCCUCGCCUCCGGCGACUCGUCGUCUCCGGCACCGGCGUUUCCGGAACCAUCCCGGACGAGAUCGGAGACCUACCCGACCUCGAGCAGCUGGUCCUCUCCCGCAGCCGCUUCCGCGGACCCGUCCCCUCCGGCCUAGGCCGAUGCUCGGCGCUCAAAAUCCUCGACCUCAGCGCGAACCGGCUGAGCGGCCGAGUCCCGGCCGAGCUCGGCCGGCUGGCCCGGCUCGUGAAGCUGGACCUCAGCUCGAACCGGAUCUCCGGUCCGAUCCCGGCGCGGCUGGGCCGGCUGAGCCGGCUCGAGUUCCUGGACCUGAGCAACAACCGGCUCACGGGGGGCGUCCCCACGGCGCUGGGCGAGAUGCGCGGUCUAAAAGAGGUGUACCUGAGCGGGAACCCUGGGCUCGGGGGUCGAAUCCCGGAAAUAUGGGAGGGGCUCGGGGGCAUUUUGGGGAUCGGAAUGUCGGGGCUGGGCUUGACCGGUAAUAUCCCGGGGUCGAUGGGGGUAUUUCUGGGAAACCUGUGCUACCUGGCGCUGGACAACAACCUUCUAGAAGGGGAGUUGCCGGACCAGCUGAAGCGGCUGGAGGCGUCGGCGAAGGAGAUCAACCUGGCCAACAACUCGCUCGCGGGUCGGAUCCCCUUCUCCGCCGGGUUCGUGGAUCGGAUGCGGGGUAAGCUUAAGCUCACCGGUAACCCCAAGCUCUGCGUGGAGGAAGAGGAGUCCGGGGCUUUUGUUGUUUUGCUGCAUUUUGGUCUUUAG